AUGGAAGACGAAAUUGUUGAUCGCUCCGACGAUCCCGAUGCCGAGGAGAAGGCCACGGUGUUGAAAGACGAAGGCAACACCGCACUCGCGCAAGGUCAUUUCCUCGAAGCCAUCAAAAGCUAUUCAGACGGUCUCGAAUACCGUCCGCACAACGCGGUUCUUUUGUCGAAUCGGUCGCUAGCAUUUAUCAAGGUCGAGAAUUAUGGUAUCGCUAUUCGGGAUGCCGAUGCGGCGAUUGCAGCCGAUGCCAAUUACGCAAAGGGUUACUACCGCCGGGCGUCGGCAAAUUUUGCCUUGAAUCAUUUCAAAGUCGCGCGCAAGGAUUUCAAGGCGGUAUGCAAAUUGCAACCGACAUCGCGGGACGCGCGAACGAAGUUGGCGGCGUGCGAAAAGCGAAUUCGGGAAGAAGCCUUUUCGAAGGCCAUCGAGGCGGAGCAAACGGCACCACUUUCCAGUACGUAUGAUCCAUCCGUGCUGGAUAUUUCGGCAACUACCUAUGAGGGUCCUCAUCCGUCCCCGCAUGGUUUACUCACGGAUAUGGAUGCGGAGGUUGCGUUGUUCGAGCCCGGAAAAUUACCUCGUGAGUUUGUCUUGGCCGCUGUGGAAACGAUGAAGGCUCAAAAGUCUAUACAUAAGCGAUACGUGGGUCGACUUCUAAUCGCGUGCAAACGUUACUUCGAAAGCUUGGAGACGCUGAUGGAAAUACCGAUUCCAACCGCGGCACCAUCCCAUGAUCCUUCAGCAACUCCACGGCUGACGGUUUGUGGCGAUACCCACGGCCAAUACUAUGAUGUUUUGCAUGUUUUCGAACGCAACGGUUUUCCGCAUCGGACAAAUCCAUACCUUUUUAACGGAGAUUUCGUCGAUCGCGGUUCCUUUUCUGUGGAGGUUAUCCUCACGUAUCUGUUAUUCAAAUUGCACGAUCCGUCUUGUAUCUAUUUGACGCGUGGCAAUCACGAGACAAAGAACAUGAAUCGCAUUUACGGUUUUGAGGGCGAAGCCAAGCACAAAUACGACGACAAGAUCUUCAAUCUCUUUUUGGAAGUGUUUGAAUGGCUGCCACUGGCGGCGGUAGUGGGGGGCAAGGUUUUUGUUACUCAUGGUGGUUUGCCAACGGACGACACGGUCAUGUUGGAUGAUGUACGCAAAGUAAAACGCGGGAUGGAGCCACCGGAACAAGGAUUGAUGAGUGAUUUGUUGUGGUCCGAUCCCCAGCCCUUUCCUGGUAAAUCUCCCUCCAAACGAGGGGUGGGCUACGCAUUUGGUCCGGAUAUAACUUCGGCCUUUUUGGAGCGCAACGGAUUGUCGUUGUUGGUUCGAUCGCACGAAGUAAAGGAGGAAGGAUAUCUAGUAGAGCAUGGAGGUAAGACGAUCACGGUGUUUUCUGCGCCGAACUACUGCGAUUCCAUGGGCAAUAAGGGUGCGUACAUUCACUUUGACGCAUCCUUGGAACCCAAGUUUACCCAGUACACAGCAGUCCCGCACCCAGACGUCAAGCCGAUGGCCUAUGCAGCAGGUAUGGGGGGAAUGUUUUAG